AGAGAGAAUAUUUGAAGAGAGAGAAACUGAAGAUCUGAAAUCGAAGAACAAGGUAAGGUAAAACGAGCUCAAAAUUUCGGAAAAGUUUUUCUUUUUUCUUUGAUUUUGUGUGCAUAGAUUGAUAAAUAUGUCUCUGGGUGUGUAUGUGGGUUUAGAUUAGGGUUGGGUUAGAGUAGAUCGAAGGGGUUUUCUGGUUCUUCGUUGGAGUGGAAAAAUUUUCGGGGGUGUGAGGAUUGUGGAAACCCUAGUUUGAGUUGAUUUGAGGGGGGAGAUUUGGGUUUUUAUUGGGAGAUAGUAAAGCCCUUGUUUUUUUUUAUUGAUUUCAGGAGUGAAUUUUCUGAUAUAAGAAAAAUUAGGGUUUUGGUUGAGAUAGCAAAACCCUAGUUUUCUAUUUGGGAUAAUUGAUGUGUGUAUGGCUUCGGAGACAGUAGUUGGAGAAGGAAAUGAUGGAACUAGAGAGAAGCAGAGGUACAUGGAGAGCAAGGUGUAUACAAGAAAGGCAUUUAAGGGUCCCAAGAACAACACAACUAUAAACAAGAAUAACAACAGCAGUGUCAAUGACGAUAGCAACAACAAUUCCGCCAACAAUGUUCCUGUCUCCAUGACUGCAGUACCAGUGAACGAUGAGAAUGAAAAGAAUAAUGUGAAUGACUCAGUAAAGGGACCUCUUCAAGCUCUGCCUUCAGAAGAUGCUAAUUCGGCUCAACAACAGCUCCUUUCUUGCAUGGAUAUUGCUGCUUCCAAUGACUCUUCGAGUCUUAACAGGCAGCAGAGCGUGGCAGAGAAUGGCACGGUGAAGCCCAGUGAAGAGAACCAGCUAAAAAUAAAUUUGGCGUCAACUCCUAAGCAGGAGAUUCGUCAACUGAGAAGGAAGCUAGAGAGUGAGCUUGAUAUGGUGAGGAGAUUAGUGAAGAGGAUUGAAGAGAAAGAGGGGCAGAUUAGUGAGGUCAGUAAUUCACACAUUUUACCACAUGAUGGUGUUGAUAAUGGACAGAGGAUUCAAUUGGAAGUUGCUUUGGUUGGCACUCCUCAUGAACCUGUACGGCAGUCAAGGCCUUUGAACCAGCUGAAUAUUUCAGUGCUGGAGAAUACUCAGGGUGUUGUUGAAAACGUGGAGAAGGAAAAGAGGACACCUAAGGCCAAUCAGUUCUAUAGAAAUUCUGAAUUUUUGCUGGCCAAAGAUAAAUUUCCAUCAGCUGAGAGUAACAAGAAAUCAAAGGUGAAUGGAAAGAAGCAAGGAGGAGGUGAUUUGACACAUGUAUUUGGUAUGGGUAGCAAAAUCUUUAAGAGUUGUAGUGCUCUGCUUGAAAGGCUGAUGAAGCACAAGCAUGGGUGGGUGUUCAAUGCUCCUGUUGAUGUACAAGGUCUGGGUUUGCAUGAUUACUAUAGCAUUAUUAAGCAACCAAUGGAUUUGGGCACUAUUAAAUCGAGGCUCAACAAGAAUUGGUACAAGUCCCCGAGAGAGUUUGCAGAGGAUGUGAGACUUACGUUUCGCAAUGCUAUGACAUAUAAUCCAAAGGGCCAAGAUGUUCAUAUCAUGGCUGAGGAGUUGUCAAAGAUAUUUGAGGACAAAUGGGCUAGUAUAGAGGCAGAUUAUAAUCGUCAAAGGUUCAGUACUGAAUAUGAGAUAGGUCUUCCACUGCUCACAUCAAGAAGGGCACCUUCAAUGCUUCCUCCUCCUCUUGAUAUGAGAAGGAUUUUGGAUAGAUCAGAGUCGAUGACAUAUCCUGUUGAUUUGAGACUCAAAUCCAUGAGUACUACUCCCUCAGGUAGAACCCCCACUCCAAAGAAGCCAAAGGCGAAGGAUCUUCAUAAGAGGGACAUGACAUUUGAGGAAAAGCAGAAACUUAGCAACAGCCUGCAGAAUUUGCCCUCAGAAAAACUGGACAACAUUGUGCAGAUUAUUAAGAAAAGAAAUUCGGCUCUCUUACAACAUGAUGAUGAAAUUGAGGUGGACAUUGACAGCUUUGAUACUGACACUCUAUGGGAACUUGAUAGGUUUGUUACUAAUUACAAAAAGAGUUUGAGCAAAAACAAAAGAAAAGCAGAGCUUGCUAUGCAAGCCAGAGCAGAAGCUGAGCAGGUUGUACCAGAAAAGGCCCCGGCCCCUGUUGUGGUGGUAGAAGUGCCCAAAGAAAAUAGAACAGAUGAAAGAAAUAUCUUAACUUUGACACCUGUUGAAGUCGAAAAACAGGGGGAUAAUGCAAGUAGGUCAAGCAGUUCUACCAGUUCUACAAGUGAUUCAGGAUCUUCUUCAAGUGACUCUGAUAGUGAAAGUUCCUCUGCAUCUGGGUCUGAUGCUGGGCGUUCACCUAGGUCUUGAUCAUAUCUAUUCAGAUCUCAAGAAUUUAGGGUAGGUGGUGAUCCAUUGUGAUUCAAAGUAGCAUUUGGUGUAGAUCAAGGUUCUUGUUGCUGUCAAGGAUCCAACUUUCGGCAAUAGGAAAAAGAUGUCUGAUUAUUGCUGUUCAUAGGAGCCAACUGAACCCUGCAAGUCGCUUAAUUGUAUUCUUAGAAAUUUGUAUAAUACUGGUAGAAUGUGGUGAUGAUUAGUUAGGCUCGGGUUGGUUUCACGUAGCAUGUGUACAUUGCUAACUAAUGCUACUCAAUAGCUUCGACGACUCCCUUUUGGUUCUUUUGUAGCAGAUUAUAGGAUUUCUUCUGUUAUAUACAGAAAGUAAUCUUGUAAUUCAAAUUUCUAGAAGUCAUGAUUUCCUCACUUGAAAUGAUAUGAAUCUGUAAGUUCUGUUCGGUAGGUAGUCGACGUGUAGUUAUCCCAGAAUCUAGUACAUGGUGUUUCGGGUUUUAUAUCUAUGAUGUGUGAUAUAGUAACUAGGACCAUUCAUACUUGAUUCAAACUAAUUUAGUUAUGGUAAUUUUUGUAAAUUUUAUAUCUUUUUUAUUUGGAUAGAAUGUUUAAUUUUUUUUAUAGUGACGUUGGGUGUAAUUAAUUUUUACUGUACUUUAUAUCUUUCUGCAUUCGUAUGAAAAAUUUUUGUCUUUUUUUUUCUAUUUGUCAUUAUUUUGAUAGUAAUUAUUUUUUAUUAUAUAUUUGUAUGAAAAAAUAUAUUUGGUUUCAUUAUAAAAUCAAUUUUUUUGA